AUGAUAGCGCUGCUUAAACAGAUCGUAAGAAAGGAAUCGACGUUACGACAAAUGGACCUUUCUACCACUCUGCAUCACACAUCGUACCACAUCUCCGAGAAAGUAGGACGCCAACUACGACCAAUACACAUCCAGCAGCAGGACAACCAAAGCAGAAGGACCACGCCACAACAUCGCCGAAUAGUACGAUGCCCAUUUUGCAAUCGAACAUCCCACAAUGCCAUACAGUGCCCCAUCGUUCAAACGGCCAAGGAAAGAAGGAAAUUCGCGAAAACCGGCAGAAUGUGUCAUAAAUGCCUACAACAAGCGCACAAUCAGCUGCAUGUUACAAGUGUGAAUACCAUCACCAUCUUUGCUUCAAGAUCGCUCCCACCACGGACAAUUCAUCAACCAAUCGCAGACCACACAAACCCACAUCUCCUCAAAACCAGCGUCAACAUAAUGAUGAACGCGUCACUCACAACACGCACUCUAGGCCGAGAAGCAGAAGCAAUACUCGCAACGAACAAUCACAAAUUCGUCAUCCAAUACGAACAACCCAUCACGCUCAUCUUUCGGACGGCACUCCUGAACACAAUAAACAAGACACUGUCGGAGAAUUCCAAGAACCCUCCUCAUCAUACACUCGGAUCAUCUCAUUCAUAUAUCACAACGGACAUCGCCACCCAACUGGAACUCCGCAAAAUCGAAUCAGAGGAUAUCACCGUUCACACAUUUGGAACGUGUCAUCCCACGACGAUACCAUCACAGCUCCACACGCUUCAACUCCAACUUGAAGACAACACUCCAUACACGAUUUCCGCACAAUCACUAACAAUUCUGACUCAAGCACUAAAGACGCCCGCCAUUGCUCAAGACGAAAUCACAAUCACCGUUCAAGAUGUCGUCAUCCCAACAACGUCAUCAACUCCUGAGAUACUGAUAGGCAUGGAUCACUUCUGGAAUCUGGUACUAUCCCCAUCUUUCUACUCCAUCGUACUACCAAAUGGAUAUCAUCUCCUCAACGCACGUUUAAGAAAAGUCAUAUCAGGCAAGAAGCUCACUACUCGUACAAUCAAUUCAGCAAUCAACGAAAUCGCUGACCACCCAAUGAGUAGAACUCACCUCGACGAAAUGGUCGAACGAUUUUGGAAAUGCGAAUCUCUCGGAACAGGAGACGAAGCCACCCGCUCAGACGACAUCACAUGUCUCGACUUCUUUAACAACACCACUCGCUACGAUGAAACAGAACAACGAUACUACACUCGUCUACCAUUUAAACUCGAACAGGAAUCAGUACCGGACAACUUCGACCAUAGCUUCGCUUGCCUACGCUCGAACUGGAAGACACUAUCAAAGAAACCGGAAUACCUGGACAAAUACAACGACAUCAUACAAGACCAACUUCGAAGAGGAAUCAUCGGGAAACUUCCUUCCAGCCAGCCAUCUGAGCCUGGUACCUUCCUGUCCCACCAUGCUGUCAUUAAUGAAUUCAAGAAGCAAACCAAAAUCCGUCUAGUGUACAACGGUAGUGCCCGAGUACACAACGCUCCCAGUUUAAACGACUUCCUUUACAGAGGGCCCGUACUGUUGCCGGACUUGAGUGAAAUACUACUACGCUUUCGUCUUGCUCCCAUACUACUUAUCAGCGACAUAGAAAAGGCCUACCUAAUGGUUGGCCUCGAAGAAUGCCACCGUCGCUUUACAAAGUUCCUCUGGCUGAAGAACCACCACGAACCACCCACAGACGACAACUUGGUCAUCUACCACUUUCUACGAGUUCCGUUCGGAUUAAUAUGCAGCGCAUUCCUCCUCGCAGCAACAAUUUACCUACAUCUCACGAAAACAGCAACACCACUAGUACACGAAAUCUUGGAAUCGUGCUACGUCGAUAACAUAUUCCUUUCCGCUAACUCUACUGACGAAGCCAUACAAAAAUAUCAGGAGACGAAAAAGCUGUUCACGCUGGCUGGAAUGAACGCCCGCGAGUGGACAUCUUCAGACACAUCAGUUAACGCAACACUCUUGUCCCAUGAAGAGACCAAGAUGGAACCAACUAUAAAAGUGUUAGGACUAACAUGGAAUAUUCCCACCGACACAAUCACCGUUUGUUUUCCAUUUCUCCAAGCCCAAAUGGAACACCCCACCAAACGAUCAGUACUCAAAGUCGUAGCCUCGAUCUACGACCCCCUCGGCUUCAUCUCUCCAUUGACAGUGGUAGCAAAAAUAUUCUUACAAAGCCUAUGGAAAGAACAAAUGCAGUGGGAUGAACUGCUUCCACAAGGGAAACGAAAAGAAUGGUCCCACAUCACUUCGACGUGGACUCAGCCCUAUCUGGAACUUCCUCGAAAAACACUUCCAACACUCACUUGGAAUUCAGUCGAAAUUCACAUAUUCACAGACGCAUCACGCAACGCCUACUGUGCUGUAGCCUACUUGAGAAUUGAAAACUCGCAGGACGUCGACACAAGACUAUUAAUGGCGCGAGCCCGUCUGGCACCACUUCACAGUACCGUAACCAUACCACGACUUGAACUUAGCGCUCUCACACUCGGAUGA